AUGACGACAACUCUUGACGACCGACUUCGCUCGCCGCAGAGACAGGCCGAGACCAGCUGGGGAGAGAUUGCGCAACGCGACCCAAAGGCGACCGUACGGCAUAUAUACACCGAGGGGCCUGAGACCGUUCCCCAUGCUGGCACCGUUGCGGCCUCUGCGCUCCGACCACCUGUCGCCAUGGGGAAUUCGGGAAGCCGGGUCACGGCCCAAGACAAGGCCAUCUUAGACCUCAAGCUGCAGCGAGACCGACUACAUCAGUACCAGCGGCGGAUCACGGUGCUGACGAACCGUGAGACCGAGAUCGCCCGCCAGAUGCUCGCCAAAGGCGACAAGAAGCGGGCGCUGCUAGCGUUGCGGCGCAAAAAGUAUCAGGAGUCGCUGUUAGCCAAGACAGACGGCCAGCUGGAGCAGCUGGAGAAGCUGACGUCCAGCGUCGAGUUUGCCCUGAUCCAGAAGGACGUCGUUUUUGGCCUGCAGCAGGGCACACACGUGCUGCAGGAGAUCCAUCGCGAGAUGGGCGGCAUUGCACACGUAGAAAAGCUGAUGGGCGAGACCGCCGAAGCUAUUGCGUAUCAGGACGAGGUGAGCGAGAUGCUGGGUGGCCGUAUGUCCAACGCCGACGAGGACGAGGUCGAAGACGAGCUGGCCGCGCUAGAAGCCCAGAUGAUGCCUGCAGGCCGCACACCAGCCGAACUAGCCCCGGCAGCACCGGUCCAGGAACCAAUGCCCAACGCCCCAGACACCCAGCUGGUCAGUCCGGAAGGACAGGCCGGGACGGCAGACGCACAAGCAGAGCGGCGACGCUUGGUGGCCGCAUAG